UUUACAGCCCAAAUUAGUAGCCCUUUGAAACUAGGGUUUUUGUGGAGGCCCUUUUAACUUAAAACCUUUCUUUCUCUUCGCUCUUCUUCCCUUUCGUAUUCAGAAGCGUCGCAGAGGGAAUAGCUGUGCAAAAAUGGUGAAUUACAAGUUCCAUCAGUAUCAGGUUGUUGGAAGAGCUUUGCCAUCUGAAUCAGAUGAGCAUCCCAAGAUUUAUCGUAUGAAGCUGUGGGCUACCAAUGAAGUUCGUGCUAAGUCCAAGUUCUGGUAUUUUCUGAGGAAACUUAAGAAGGUGAAGAAGAGCAACGGGCAGAUGCUGGCUAUUAAUGAGAUCUUUGAGAAGUACCCAACAAAAAUCAAGAACUAUGGUAUUUGGCUCCGUUACCAAAGUAGAACGGGAUACCAUAACAUGUACAAGGAGUACCGUGACACCACAUUGAAUGGUGCUGUGGAGCAGAUGUACACUGAGAUGGCUUCUCGUCACAGAGUUCGCCAUCACUGCAUCCAGAUCAUAAAGACGGCCACCAUUCCAGCUAAGCUCUGCAAGAGGGAGAGCACUAAGCAGUUCCACGACUCCAAGAUCAAGUUCCCCUUGGUGUUCAAGAAAAUCAGGCCACCGAGUAGGAAACUCAAGACCACAUACAAGGCAACUAAGCCCAACUUGUUUAUGUAAAACAUGUUUUAGUCGUGUGUUGAGAAGCAAUUUCUAAAUUCUGCAGUUUUGGUGUCAAAUUAGUAUUCAUUGUGUAAGAGAGAAGGUAAACCUUUUUGUUCGGAUCAAAUGAUGGUGGUUACUAGAAUAUUUUCAAUCUUGGUACUUUGCUUUUGCUGUUGCAGUUCUGGGUAAUAUAUUUUUGUUGCCCUUUUUUA